AUGGUGAAGAUUUUAACCGAGGUUCCAAAUUACUUUCUCGUUGAAGUUGAGCUCUCUCAUCUCUAUCACCGUGGCUCAGUUACUAAGCUUUCUCCCUCUCUCGCCUCCAGUAUCCCACUCAAGCUCGUCGUCCCUCUUUGUGUUGUCACUCAUCACCAUCUCGCACUCAAUCGCGCUCACGCGCCUUUCUUGUCCUCGUUGUCGUCGGCGGCAGAAGCAGCAGGCCCGGAACUGGUCAUUGUCGUCGCUCCCUGUCUCGUCACCGUCUCACACUCAAUCCAACGCCUUUGUUGCCAUUGUUGUGCUCGUCGCCGCCGCCGGCAGAAGCAGCUGGUUCCGGGGCUGAUCGUCGUUGUCGUCUUCUUGCUUCGACUUUCGCCAUCAGCUUCCUCUUCACCGUCAGCUUCCUUCACACAACCAGAAGCUGGUCUCCAAUUUGCUUGUGCCUUUGAAUCAAAUGAAAAGAUUUGUCAACAAAAUCUCCCUGCAAAAGUGAAGGUGGCAAAAGCUCCAAACAGAUUGAAGAUCCCUCACGUCCAUUGCUGCAACACAAGCAAGCAGCUUUGAAUAGAGUGAAAGGCUC